AUGCCCAACUCUGUUAACGCGAGCGAGCCGGCUCCGUCAACCGGCUCUCAGGCGCACGUCCCAAGCCAGAUAACCUGCAAACAAUCUUCACCUCGCAAAUUCCGGAAAGUUAUCAAUGAGGUCACUGCUCCUCUGACGCUGAGUCUAGUGCUCGAGAAUAAGGGUAAUGUUGCUCGUGAUCAUCUUGCAUCAGAGCGAACCUAUCUUGCCUACGUUCGUACCAGUCUCGCAUGCGCAAGUGCUGGAGUAGCCCUUGUACAGCUGUUCACACUUUCCAGUUCCACAAACACCUACGAUCAAGGAAGGAUUGACCCACAGCGUUUUGCUCGACCACUCGGUGCCACGAUGGUGCUUUUGGGCUUGUUCAUCCUAGUUUAUGGCGAGUCCUAUAGCCUUGUGCGCUACUUUAUGACCCAGGCAGCCCUCCUACGGGGUUUCUUCCCUGUAGCACGCAAUUCUAUUGCUGCCGUGGCAUUUGCCCUUGGGGCCAUCGUUGGCAUCGUUUUUGGGGUGUUGGUUGCUGGAACUUGA